UCAAAGGGAAGAAGAGGUGAAAACUAAUGUAUGUCUCCCGUUUGCCAGGGUCUUGUGCUGGAAGGGAAUCUAAGAUGAAUUUAUGGGAUGUGGUGGCUGUCUGCGUGGUGCUACUCAACUCGAUCUCGACCUUUCCGCUUCCCGCUGGUAAGAGACCUCCUGAGAGGGCCCGCUCAGUGCUAGGAAGAGCUGAAGAAGACCAGACUGCCAGCAGGCUGCUGAAUCCCUACGCUGGCCAAAUGGAUUCUAAUAUACCUGUGGAUUAUCCCAGCCAACUUGCCGAUGUCAUGGAUUUUAUUCAAACCACUUUAAAAAGACUGAAGAGGUCGCCAGAUAAACCACUUUUCUCCAAACGGGCAAGAAACCGGCAAAAUGCAGGAAGGAACAAUAAUAAUUCCAGCAGCAGGAAAGGACGGAGAGGUCAAAGGCUCAAAUCGCGGGACUGUGUCUUAAGUGAGAUUCACUUAAAUGUGACUGACUUGGGUUUGGGAUACACUACCAAAGAAGAGUUGAUUUUCCGAUAUUGUAGUGGUUCGUGCGAGUCUGCUGUAACCCUGUAUGACCAAAUUUUAAACAAUUUAACCCAAAAUAGAAAGUUGGUCAGUGACAAAAUCAGGCCACAGCCUUGUUGCAGACCCAUUGCUUAUGAUGAUGACCUUUCAUUUUUGGAUGAUGACCUAUCAACUUAUCAUAUACUGAGGAAACAUUCCGCUAAAAAAUGUGGGUGCGUUUGAUGUCCUUGUGUGUUUGGACACUGCUAUGAUAUUGCAUUCCUGCUAAAAUGGCAAAGAAUGGGACCAGGGCUCCCGAGGAAAGAAAAGGUUGGCUUCAAAUGAAGGAAGAGGACCAAGUAUACAGGAGAACAACUGUAGUGGGAGCCUGGUUGAUGGAAAUCCAGCACAGGAUAACUGGAGAAGAUACAACUGUUGGAGCUUUUUGUUUCUUCAGGAAGGCAAAUAGACAUCAAUGCUCAGGGGCUGAGAUCCAGGAUGAAUGGAAAUUACUUACACCAUUGGUUUUGAAAUGAUCCACCACUGGCAAAACUUGGCUGAACAGGUGCUUAUCAACACAAGCUCCCUUUAAAAACAUCCUUCCUUCCUUCUUUGUUUUCUCCCCCAAAAUGGAAGGAAAACUAAUGAUCACUGGCCUUAAUCCCAAUUGGAGGCAUAAUCUGGCAUAAUUUCAUGUUAACUAGAGGGUGUUUUACGAUCAGCUGCAGGAGCUCCCAUGGCAGGGUGGGGAGAGUCAACAAUGUCAAAAUGGCAAGCAUGAUCAGGUGACUGAAGUCCCAACCCUUUUUAAACGUGUGUGAUGCAUGUUAAAACGGAACAAUGCUUCAAUUGCCCAGUCGUGCCAUUAUUUUGCUCUUGUUGACCCCUCCCCUCAUAGACACCCCUGAUCCAAACCUUCCCUAACCUUGCAUCCUCCAAUUGUAUGGACUGGACUUCCAGAAUUCUUGAUAAUGGCCAUGCUGGCUGAAGAAUUCUGGGAACUGAGAUCCCAGGUUGGGGAAGGCCACUGUGAGCAAUCCUGAGGAAUUUAUCUGGGAUAUUUGGGAUGGAAGAGUGGAAUAUAUAGAAAUGCUACAAUGGAUAAAACACACUUGAUGAUUUGGAGAAAUUAUCCUAGCAGGGCUCUCGGUUCAUACAGAUUGCUGGCUAAAUUUGUCCAGCUCGUGAAUUGACAGUUCCCAAGAAUUCACUCAGCACUUUCUUGAUAUUUGUUUAUGGAAGCCUAGCAAUUGUAGACCUUAGUCUUCCAUUACUAAUAAUCUCUUUUAGAAACCCUUCACAGAAAUCUAAACUUGAAAUUCUGCCCUUGAUUUACAGAUCCCUUGGCCAAAUUGUACAUUCCAACAUCACUCCUUUCUGUAGUGUAAAGAUAACAACAAGCUUCUUUUCCUGUGCCUUAUGAAUAAGGUAGAAUUAUUAUUCUACCCAUACCAGUCAGUCAGAAAGUUGAAUCGCAACAGAGUCCCCUUGGCACAAGACUUCAAGUGGAGCUACAUAUAAGUUGAAAGCAAGGACACAUUUUUUAUAUAUUGGGAAGAAGCCAAGCUUGUCUUUUAGUUAGCUAGCUAAAUUCUAACCAAAUCAUUAUCAAAAGGAUGGAUGAUUUCUAAAAUCUAACUCAUUUAGAAUUUAACUGGAAAAGGAUUAAUGUUUUUGGAGGUGGGGGAGAGAGAGAAGUUACCCUUUUCUGUUCCCCAAGAAAGCAGGCUGUGUUUUUAAUCACCUGUCUAGGCAAAAUGCCGUUUUAAAAAUGUGGAUUGUUUGUUGGUUUACAGAAGGACUAAGGUCACUUACUUAAUGAACUACGUUUUUAUUUGCAGUCAUCGUGAGUGAACAGAGAGACUACUUGAUGCAAUGCAUCCUGUUAAAGUCAAAUCUAGAGAAAAUAUUUAUUAAGAUUUAAGUUAUUAUUAUUAUUAUUUAUUACAGUUCAGACAUGAGUUUCAGUUUCUUUAUUUAUUAAAGGUUCUUUCUUCAAAAGAGGUGCCAAAGUUACAAUGAGGCAGUGAUGCUGGGAUCAAGGUCUAUAGUUUUUCUUUUUUUAAAGUAUUAAGGAUUAAUAACAGGAAUGCAAGCUGUUUUUUUUUUUAAAUCACUUACUUUACCAUUUGAACAAAAAUCAGAGAAGCCCAGUUUGAUAGUACUUCAUCACACAGAUUGCAACUAUGUUUUAUCAUUGAUCUUCUUUAACCAGUUGAAAGAUUCCCUAACUUCUAACAAUGCUGAUGGGGAGGGUUGAGGCCACCGGAAAUGUCAUAUUUUGUUACCUCUUUUGGGGGCAAAGCAUCAUAAAGACCAGUAAAUACCAAGAACAAGAAUAUUCUAAUAUUUGAAUUUUCUGUCAGAUGUUGAUGGAUGUGACUUUGAGAUGUUCCUUCCUUGACCUCAUUCAGCAUAGGAAAGUGUUUGCAGGUUGUCAAGUUAGUGAUGGCCAUCAAAUGUAAGCUAUUUGAAACAAUAACUUAAUGAUAGUUUUCAAACAACUGAGAUAUAUCCUUUUAGAAGACCAUUACCUUUAAUAAGAGGCAAAUGGGUCAACAGGUGCAGACUUGUGUGCAGUAGCUGAACAUCUGCAAGCACGCACACAUUUUUAAAUAUGAUGCUCUUUUCAAUUAUUUCAAGUACAUUUCAGUGGAAACCUACAUUCAAAUUGUUGGAUGCCCAAGCUUGCAUCAUUUAAAAUAACCCCUAAAAUAACAGCUAUAAAAAUAUAUAUAUGAGAAAGUCAGUAAGCGGUGAGGCAAACACAGUGCAGCAAAAGCUUAGUCGUCACUGGUCACGUAAACAAGAGAAUUAAGCUUUUGUUUAAUGCUGUCCCACUGAACAACAUUUGAAAGUGCCCAGUUUGGCUCUAUUCAUUUUCAACAGUUUUGUACUUCAGAUGGAUCAUAACGCUUCUUGGGCUGCUUAUAGCAUACUGUAAAUCAAACCCUUCUCCUGAGAAGCCUUUUAAAAAGUCCUUGUAUAAUCUUGAUCAAGAGCAUGCUGUACCUGGAAAGAUGUUCAUAGCACUUGAACAUUUCACACAUUAUGAAAAAGAGGUCACAUCUCUGCAGUCUUUAGCAGAUACAAGUUCUUAGUAUUGUUCUGAGCUGCUAAAACACUGCUUAAAUACACAGAGGAAUUUAAUAGAUAUUUCUAAUAGGGGUCUCCUUGUUUUUAAAGAGAAGCAUGGGGAACAAAAUGGAAAAUAUGCAAAUUUUAGAAUUCUUACCAUCAUAUGACAAUUGUUCAUAAUCCAGAUCAUCUUGUCCCCUCUUUUGACUCUGUGACAAUAGCUAAAAAGAGCUCUAUUUCCCAGUCUUCUUACCUAAUGUUCUUAAAGCAGAGGUACCAGGGAAUGAACCUUACACAUUUGAAGCCAGUUUGCUGCUGCUGCUACUACUACUGCCUAUUACUACUGAGGUAUAGGAACUUUCCCGAAAACUUAACAGUAUAUUCUUGAAUUAAGCUUUCCAUUCUUCCUGCCCCGCCCUUUCCUUUUCCAUGCAAUAUCUCAUAGGAAGACUACUUGUGGCUUCUUGGGACAGAUAACUUUUUUAUACACCAUUUCCUAUUUGAGCCAUCUGCAAUCUUAAUUGCCAACCCCACUUUCAUAUCAUUGGAAUAUGGGGGCAGAGGAGCCAAGCUCCAAUAUAUACAAUUUACCAAUGUGAGAUGUCUAGGAGCUAUCAAGCACAAUUUGUUCCACAAUCUCCUCAAAUUAAGUCUGCCAUCUGGAUGCAAACAGAGAAAUUCCCCAAGUUCUACAGUGUUCAGAGGUCUUUUCCCAGAAACAAGAGAGUCAGCGCCUUUUAACCCUCUGGCAGAAAUUCAACAGGUACUUCUUUGUUAUAGCAGGUAGAGCAUUUAUUUACUGGAAUUGCAACACCAUGAAACACAGAAAACGAUUCUAGAAAAUCAUUAAUGUGGAAUAUGAAGAAACCCUGAGCAUGUCAUAAGAUUAGGGGCCAAAGAGAAAAGAAAGUCACAAUUUUCCCGUUCCGCCAAAAAUUACAGAACAGAUGUGGAUUAUCUAAUAGUUAAAACAUUAAAUCUGCACUGAACAUCAAUUAAUCCUGUAAUCAAAGCUUCAUGCAAAUAGAGCCUUAUUUUUUUCACCAGGAAGCAGGUACAGUCGAAUUGAUGUCCCUGUUUUCUAUUCAUUUGCCCACAGGGAUGUCCUCAAAGUAUUGCUUAAAAAGAAAUGCAAGAUGGUAGCCACAAUGGUGGGUUCCAAAUUCCGCCUGUUUUGUGUGUGUCAUGUACACAUAAAAAACAGGCAGAGCUUCAAUAACACCAUCAUGAAUACCAUCAGGACUUUUUUGACUAAACUUGCAAACACGACUUUAUAUGUCUGAUACUGCUAACGUUGCAAAUGUACUACAGGAGUGGGACUACUGUUGAUUAGUCUAUAAAUGGGAACCACUAUAAUUAUAGUCCAAAUACUUUAAGUGCAAUUUCUAUCUCUUUUCGACCCUCUAUUUUUUAUACUGCCGGUCUCCAACAAACAUAAGGGACUAUAAUCCAGGGAACAUGUAUCAUAUCCCAGGCUGUAAUUCUAUGCGAAUUAAAAUUGAGGAUAAGUUUUCUGAAGUCAAUGGAACAUACUCCCAAGUCCAAUCACAUUAGCUUUCCACUGAAAUGAAAUAGAUUUAAAUUCAAUUAAUUUCCUUCAAGUGGGUAUAUGAGAGUUAUUUUAAAAAUAAUUCCAAGCACUUUUUUUUGUAAAUGUCUAUAAGUAAUUUUGCCAUGCUAGGCAUACGCUUUAUUCACACAGCAUAUGCAUCCCAGGAAUAUCUAUUCCAAGAACGGGAUCUGAGUGGGAUUUAAGCCAACAAUUCAGUAUAUCUCUGUCAUCAAGUAUGUGUUCCAUCCAUUUGGGAAAAGGUUUCUAAAGCUUCCAGCAAAAUAUUUUGAUUUUGUCCUAGGGAUGUUGACCUUUCUGUGGAUUACAUUCUACGUGCCUGCCAUUUGAUUCCUAAUGUUUGUCUUUAAGCCAUUUCUUAUGCUGCUGCUCCAGAAAUUUGCGCAGUCUGUUCCUAUCCAUGUUCAUUUAAAGAUACGUCCUGCUGAAUUCAGUGGCAUUUAUUCCCAUUUAGAAGGAGAAGGAGAAGGAAUGUAACCCUAAUUUGAAUUGUUUAAAAGGGGUGCACCUGCUUCAAAAAUGAUUCUGACAAGGGGCUCCAGACUUUUUACCCAAGCUCAGUAGCUCAACAGCUUUCUUUUCCUCAGACUUUGGCAGGACUCUAAAAAAUGUCACUGCUUUAAGGAGUUGACUUAUAAUGUGAUUCUUAAAGCUGCUGUAACUUUUCUUCAAGCUCAAAUGGCAUCCUGAAAAACUAUGAGCCUCCUUACUGUCCAGCAGAGAAGUCCUGCACUCACACAUGCAAAGUUCAAAGGACUUAUCUGAUAUACUUUUUGAAGCAGGCAUAACCCUAUAAGCUAGCACAGAGGAAGGCAGUCUAGAACCAUCGAGAUAUUUUGACCCUUGCCAUCAGCCAUGCUGGUGGAGACCAAGAGCCACUGAAGUCCAAACUGUUGAGAUACAGUAGCACAGCCAGCUGCUACCCUAUAUUUCCACAUUUGAAUAUAAACAGAUCCUAACAACAAAAAUGUCUAUCUAGUCAGAAGUAAAACUGAUUGCAUUCAAUAGGACUUGCUCCACAGGGCAACCUAAGAAUCUUUCAACCAGAACCAUUGUCACGUUGACUUCCAAUUUUAAUUUCCAGUGAACCUUUCAUGUUUCCUGUAAGGCUAGCUUUCGUAGGGGGGAUUUAAACAUUUGUUUAAUAUUGCCACUGAAACAAAGGGAAUUUGUUAAUUUGACGGGAUUUUAUCCAAAACAAAAAAAUGGUGAAGGAAUAGUGAUAGAAUGGUCACAUGAUAGGACACAAGACUUCACAAAAGUUUGUCCUUUAAUGAGUUUGCACAGUCUGAAUCUUAACAUGGAAGGCAAUCCUUUUCCUGCAGGAAUAUUACCAACAGGCUACUUACACACCAUUGGUCUGCUAAAUCAUGGUUGCUUUUGGCAAGUCAGGACCAUGAGCAGUUUUACACCUUGUACUAAACCAUAAUGUACUGUUUUAUUUUUGGCUUCUAGCCUCUGUACAAACCAUGGUUUAUGGUUUAGUGUAAUGCAUGUACCUCAUACUGUUUCCUGUAGGAUAAAUCAGUAGGAGGCAUAAAUUUGGCUGGUAGGUGUUCUGAACAAUUAGCCGUCAUAUUUAGGAUAUGUUGUAAUUACAUGACUGGUUUGUCCUUAAUCAAAUAACAUGAUACUGCGUGGUCAUCAAUGGGAAAACCUUAUGGAUUACAAUAAUAGCAAUUAUUUAGGACGAUCUAAGAACAUUGGAUCCUAUUCUCAAGUUUUUUCUGUAUGCAGGAGUACAUUUAUCUUUUAAGAGAGACAAGCCUGCAUAAAGGAAAGUGAUACCCUCAAAAUACUCAUCCCACGCAACCGGAGGGCGGCCAGUUCCAUCCCUCUGCAUGAAGCAUUCAGCACCUUUACAGGAAUCAAUCUGGCCUUUGCUGGGAGCCUCUUUCAGCAUCCAAUAGCUUUCCCUCAGCCUCUUUCCCCAGCCUGUCUCACCCUUUAAUGGCAGCCUAAUGCUAAAAAACCAAAAAGGUAAAGUUUGUGAUUUUUGCCCACUCUGAAAAUAAGAAUUGAAAAAAAAAAAUUAAAACAGGACGUUGUUGCUAUUGGGGAUUUUUACUUCACCUCCAAUUGAUGUCUCAGCCGUUUGUGUUAAGCAAAGUUCUCUACAGACUUUAUUUUUGUACAAUAUGCAUUUUAUAAACUUUUUAUGAAA